AUGGCUACAAAGAGGAAGCAAAGAGAAACGGCAGACGAAAAUCGAGAGUUUAACGUUGAAUGGACGGAAACAUUCGCGUUUAUUCAAAAUACAAAUGGAUUCCCGACAUGCCUUAUUUGCCAAGAAAAAUUGGCGCACAACAAAAAGUCGAAUCUGGAGAGACACUUUACAACUAAGCACGUGUCAUUUGGUGCUAAAUAUCCUGUUGGUGAUGCAAGGAAGAAAGCUGUUGAAGAACUUAAAAAGAGCCAGGAAAAGUCAAGUUUUGUAUUUAAACACUGGUCGCAAUCUUCUAACAAUGUGAAUAUUGCUAGCUUCAUUAUUAGUCAAGAGAUUGCCAAGCGAGGAAAACCAUACACAGACGGCGAGUACAUAAAAAGUUGUUUUAUAAAUGCAUCUGAAGAGUUAUUCCGUGAUUUCAAAAACAAAGAAGAAAUUCUCAAAAAAAUUAGGGAGUUGCCAUUGUCAGCUAAAACAGUCAAGGAUAGAGCAGCCAAGAUGUCUUCGAAUAUAACCAACCAGCAACAUGAAGAUCUUAAAAUGGUUUCCGCUUUGGCAAUAGCCGUUGAUGAGUCUUGCGACAUCAACGAUACAGCUCAAGUUUCACUUUUCGUGCGAUUUAUUUCAUCUACAGGCCCAAAGGAAGAACUUUUAGGGUUAUUGCCUCUCAAAGGCCAAACGCGUGGAGAGGACAUUGCAGACGCGGUUAUUAAAUGCAUGCAAAAACAUGAAAUUCCGCUUAAUAAAAUUGUGUCGAUUGCAACCGAUGGUGCAAGAAGUAUGACCGGCAUAAGAAAAGGUUUCGUUGCUAUCUUGAAGUAA